AUGAAAGGAAAUUUUUUCCAGAAACCUAUCACACAACUGGUAGAAGAAGCCAUCAUCCGCGAACAGGCUAACGGUCACCGCCUGAAAGUAUGUGUGGGCUCAGAUUCCCACGUGUAUGGCGAAGCGAUCAGUUAUGCUACAGCAGUAGUAUUUGUCCGCGAAGGAAAAGGAGCGUUUACCUUUAUCAGAAAAGAAAGAGAAAUACGGAAAAUCAGUAUCAAAGAAAGAAUGCUGAACGAGGUCAACAGAUCCGUAGAAAUUGCUUAUGCUAUCUGUGCCGUUCUGGAUACCUAUGGUGUGGAAAUGGAGGUACACGCAGACAUUAAUACCGACCCGGAUUUCAAGUCAAACACAGCAUUGAAAGAUGCCAUGGGAUAUAUUCUGGGAAUGGGCUAUGUAAAGGACUGGCAUAUUGUUCGCAAUUAUGAGCAGUUUGUCAACAGAAUUAUGGAAAAAGGACUUCCGGAAAUGAUUUCUUUUGAUCAUGACCUGGCAGAUAUACAUUAUCUGAAACCGGAUUCUGACGAGUACAAGGAAAAAACAGGCUAUGACUGUGCCAAAUGGCUGAUAGAAUAUUUGAAAACCAUUCACCCGGAAUUGCAAACCGUAGUCAUUUACGGUGAGUUGUUCGGUGGCGGUUACAAACACAAAGAAGUAACUGCUGUAAACGAUGCUGUAAAAGUACAGAGUGGCAUUCAGUAUGCUCCUCACAACGAAUUUUAUGGCUUCGACAUCAAGUUGAACGGAACUACUUAUUUGGAUACAGAUACGGUGAAUCAGAUUUUUGAGGAAACCGGAUUUUUUUAUGCUAAGAUUUUAUUCCAGGGCAGUUUGGAAGAAGCUUUGAAGUUUCCCAAUGUAUUUGAUUCUAAAAUUCCGGGUUGGUUAGGUCUUCCUGAAAUUGAAAACAAUAUGUGUGAGGGAAUCAUUGUCAAGACGUUGAAAACCAGAUAUUUUGGAAACGGAGCAAGAGUUCAGAAACCGGCAGAUUUUUCAGAAAAUGCUCAGAAUAUCUGGGAGGAAAUCCAAAGAUAUGCUACGGUCAACAGGUUGCAUAAUGUGGUGAGCAAAGUUGGAGAAUUUGAACCUAAAAUGAUAGGCAGAAUUAUAGGUCUUUUUGCCCAGGAUAUUUUGGAGGACUUCGGAAAGGAUUUUCCGGAUGCUUUUAGUACCGUGGAAAAAGACGAACAGAAAAGAAUCAAUAAAAAACAUCAGAUUGGAAGCGGAGAAAAAGUAUUGAUUGCCGGACCGAAAAAUAUUCAUCAUCAGGUUGAGGCACGGCUGAAAUCUUACACCUGGAACCUCAUUAAUGAAAAGGCUAUUGAGUAUGAGAUCAGGGAAAUUGUGUCUCCUGAAGAAAUUAACGUUUAUGUCAUUCGCCCGCCCCACUGGAAUCUGGAACUGGUGAAAACUCAAAGUUUUCUUUUUGAAGAUGAACAGAUCAAAGUAGAUUUUGCCAUUCUUGAUCAUAAAACAGAUUCCAUUGCUUACCUGUUUCAGGAAAAAAUAGAAAAACUCUGGAAUGGGGUGGAAACCAUACAGUUUGAAGAAUUCUUCGAAUCCACGGACAGAAAUCUGCGUCUCUUCUGUUUUAAUUAUAUUGGAGUAGGAAAUCUGAUGAAUCGUCUGGAAGCAGAAAAGAUCAAUGAAGAAGAAGUGGAACUGAAUUACAAUGAAUACGAUCAAAACGGAAAUAAAACCCAGAUCAGGAGAAUCAACCAUUAUGAAGUAUCAGUAUUCCUACGCAGUAAAAUGCUGGUGCCCUUCCACAGAAAAAGAACACUGGCUUUGGAUAGAGCAGGAUUCUAUAAUGAACACGAAGAAAUGAUUAACCGCGCCCUGGAUAAUGGCGUAGAACAAAUGAUCCUCACCGGAACAAGCGUACGCGGAAGUAAAGAAUCCGCUGAUAUUGCAGAAGAAUAUCCCGAUAUUCUAUUUUCUACAGCAGGAAUUCACCCGCAUGACGCGAAAUCUUUUAAUACGGAAAGUAUCAGGGAACUUCGGAAUCUUUUAAAAUCAGAUCAUGUGAUUUCUGUAGGAGAAUGCGGAUUGGAUUUUGACCGGGACUUUUCUCCCAGACCUAUGCAGGAAAAAUGCUACAGAGCCCAGCUCGAACUUGCCGCUGAGGUUAAUAAGCCCCUUUUCCUUCAUGAAAGAUCGGCUUUUAAAAGGUUCAAUGAAAUUACAGACGAAUAUCUUUCAGGAUUGCCGGAGGCAGUAGUUCAUUGUUUUACAGGAACACUGGCUGAAGCGAAAAUCUAUCUUGAUAAAGGUUUUUAUUUAGGAUUUACCGGAGCUAUCAGUGAUGAGAAAAGGUUUAAACAGCUGGAAGAUGUCAUAAAAUACACUCCUCUGGACCGGAUGAUGAUAGAAACAGAUGCCCCGUUUAUGCUUCCGAAGAAUAUGCCGAGAAUGCAAAACCGCCGCAACGAACCUUCUUUCCUUCCUUAUGUGGCACAGACUAUGACGGAAAACAGAUCCCCAUUUCUAGACACGAUCUUUCUGCUGCGAAACAGCGGAUCCAUGACGGUGUUUUCAAAUCUUCAGGAGAUUUCUAAAAAAGAAGAGCAGGAAGCAGGAGAUUAUUUCGAAACGGAAUUCGAAAAAGAAAGGCUGGAAUUUUUAUCUGCCGACAUCAAAUGCAGUAAAGAAGCAGCUGUCUGGGGAGCAAAAGUUCUGUACCACAGUGCCCAGCUUUAUCUUAUCCGCGAAAAUACAGCCAAGGAUCUGGAUAAGCUGAUCCCGAAACUGAAAGGACCAUCUGAUGUUUCCACCAUCUUAUCUGCAGAUUUAUCCCUGAGUUUUCUGCCACAGAUUACCUCUGUUUUACAGACUGCAGAUCCUUAUGAUCCCUUAGUGAAAACUCUGGAAGAUAUUCUCACACAGUUUCAUUAUUCAGGAAUAGGAUAUCCUCUUAAUCUGGAGAAAGUCGACUGGGAAAAGGAACUUCAGGACAAAACGUACCGGAAAUUAUAUCUGGAAAGAAUCGUUGAAAAGAAAGCCUAUACGCUGGCAGAAAUUCCCUAUAUUAAUAAAUUGCUGAUAGCAGAUUUUGGACUUCAUAAAGAUCGUUACUGGCAGGAUUUGAAAACAGUUGCUCAUGGAGAUUAA